AUGGAUCUAACCGAGCCCAAGCCAUCAUCUGUCCCAGGUCCAUCUGGUUUUGAGGCAGCUGUUGGAAAACAAUCAACAAAGAGGAAGAAGAAAGGCAUCUGUGCAUUCUUCCGCCGAACAUGGAGGGUUGUUAAGUGUGCUGCUCUCUGUUGCCAAAGGGGCAACGAAGUGGCUCCAGAUCCAUUUGCCAAUGACCCAGUGGCUCAACAGGAAAAUUCAGAUCUCCAGCCAGAUUUAUUCAGCAUUGAAUGGCUGACACUUAAUGCUGAGCCAACAUAUCUGGAGCCAUCACCUGUCCCAGGCCCAUCCAAACUGAAUAAUGAGCCAAUGCCUGCCCCACAUCAGUCAGGUUAUGAGCCACCUGUUGAAAAACAAAGAAAAAUCAGGAUGAAGAAAGACAUCCGAGCAUUCUUUCAGCGAACAUGGAGGACUGUUAAGUUUCCCUCCUUGGCCCCAGAUUCAUGUCGAGUUGAGCCAGUAGCUCACUGGGAUCAAGUGGACCUCCAGCCAGGUCUAUCUGGUCCCUUGUGGUUGUCAAGGAAUGAUCCAGGUCCAUCUUGUUUCGAGGUGACCGUCACGGCCAACCAAAAUCCACCUGAUUCUAAGCCAGAUCCAUUCAGCCUCCAGUCACACUUAACACUUGACCCAGGCCCAGCUGGUCUUGUAGUUGAGUUGACAUCUGUCCCAGGACCAUCCAGUCAGGAGAUAAUGCCAGUCUAUGGGUCUGACAUGGGUCUGGAUGUUCCUGAGCUAAAACCCAUUCCAGGCUCCAGUCUCGUUCUGACAGCUGCUGUGGAUCUGAUUGAUCCCGAGCCGUCAUCUGCCUCUGGUUCAUGCAGCUGCAGGCGGACACCUGACACUGAUCUGGACAAUUCUAAACAAAAACAUGUCCCAGUCCUAUCUGGUUUUUGGCCAACUGCAGCAUCAUUUUCCUCCCGUUAUGAUAUGGGAGUGAAGUUGGGACAGGGAGCCUUUGGUUCUGUGUAUAAGGGGACUCACAGAUUUAGUGGCCAGAAGGUUGCUAUCAAAUGUAUACGUAAGAAGCCAUGGAACAGCAUUAUUAAUGUGCCUGGAUCUACAGAACCUCUGCUGUCAGAAGUGGUUAUAAAUGUGAUGGUGUGCGCACCUCCGAAAAGCCCCUACAUUGUACAAAUGAUCGAGUGGUUUGAUCAGCCACAUCAGUUCGUCAUAGUUAUGGAAUAUCCACAUCCAUGUCAGACCUUGCUGGAAUUUACCAUGUGCCAUGGAUGUUGUCUGGAUGAAUCUGUGGCACGUGGUUUAAUGCGGCAAGCGGUGCUUGCAGCCAAACACUGCAUUGAACGGGGCAUCUUACACAAUGACAUCAAGACGGACAACAUGCUGGUCAACACAGAGACACUGCAGCUCAAACUUAUAGACUUCAGCUGUAGCAAACGUAUUAACAUGUCUUGCUCUGAAGAUCAUCAACAGGCGGUUGGAUCAACAGUCUGGUCUUUGGCUAUGUUACUUUUGGAGAUAGUAAGCGGAGACCAGCCCAUGAGUGUUUUUCUCUCCAAAGCACGUCAUCCUUUGAUACCAAAUUUCUCCAGUGGUGAGACAACAGCACACAACAAUAAUACAAACAUACCUUUUUGGCACAAUAUCAGAGUGUUCAAUUUCCCAGCUACUAAAAAUAAAAGGGAAAACUGAUAGACAGAAUACAUUAUAAUUGAUAUUUAAAGUACAGUAAGUGUAACACACAGGAGAUUGUCCCUGUUUAAAAUUGAAUACAGUACGAAAUACUAUGCUUUCCAGAAGCUUUUCAUACAUGACAACAUGCCUGUGCUAUGCUGUCAUUAAGAGCAUACAUGACUAACCAGCUUUUUCCUCUUUGAAAACUUGUACAGAGUUUCAAGAUCUGAUAGAGCAGUGUCUGGUCAGGCCUCAAACCAAGACGUUAGAGCAGAUUUUAGAACAUCAGUGGUUUAAGCUGGACUGAGGGAAGGGGCCUUUUGCCACAGAUGAAAUAAUCCAGGCAUAGCUGAAUUCAAAUAGUAAUUUAGAGGAACUUGACAGAAACUUCCCAAUGAAGACCAGUAAAGAUUUUACAGUAUAUUACUGGCCACCAGAUCUACGUUAGUUUAGGUACUGACAAUGGGCUAGGUGCACAAGAUGGUGCCAGUGAGCUUCAGCGACACGAGUGUGUGCGUACUUAUUUCCGGUCUUGCGACGCUCGCAUUAACUGUAAGGGAAACUUACAUACGAAACUUGGCUAGAUGUAUAUAAUUAAUGAUUUUCAAAUUUAACAGCCGAUAGUGGUAUAUCAAAAACAUGGGGAAACAUCCUCCCUAUAUUUUGCGUACCUCUGUGUGGAAAUUCAUCAAGAUACAACGCGGAGAUUGCUUUAUUCUUCUGUUGAUUAUGCGGAUUAGCGUUAUGUCAGGUCCACAGGGAUUUCUCCUUUCAAACACAAACCACUCAAAUAUGCAAUACUUUUCAUUUUCGAAGAGCUGGUUUUGUUCUGUUAUGUAAGAUAAAUGUUUCUGACUGUCAAACGAUGCACAGAGAUUUCUGAUAAAGCAUGUUUUAUUAACUUUAUUUGAUAACAUAAUUUAUAACUAACUGUACAAUUAAACGUAAUAUAAUUAUGGUAGGUUUGCCUUAAAUAAAAGAUCGCUGUUUGCAUUCAUGUGUGUUUUUAUCUGUUUAUUUGUUUUGUGAAAGAUCUGCAGCAUAAAUUAUUAUCUGUCUAUGAGCAGCCAUGUAUAUUGUUAUUGUUUUGCAUUAAUUAUCAGAUUAAACAGAUAUUAAAAUUAGUCACAUUUUUUACUGUGUAAAAUAAUAAAAUAUGUUGUGAAAAUAACGAUGAAACAGACUGAUGUAUGUGUACAAUUGAGAAAUGGAUACUUCUGAAGAUAAAUCGCAGCCCAUG